AUGCGUUCAUUUUCCUCAUCCAUCACCAAACUACACUAUUUGAAUGGCAUCAAUAGUCAAAGAUCUUCUCUUAUCAUAUCGUCGAGGAUCCCAUAUCUCAGUCAAAACAGAUGCCGAUAUAAAAGCACACUGUCUUCGCGAUACGAUGCAUCCAUUAACAGAAGGAAUAACACGAAGAAACCCACCACUAAAGAGGAGAUUGCGAGGGAGAAAUAUGAGGAAAUGUUGAAAUCACCAUAUAGGAUUGUUAGGUGGGGUGCCUUUGUUAGAUCAGAUUCAUUUUCUAAGAAAUUGACUAAAUAUUUGAUCGUUUUAUAUAUUAUCUUUUUGGUUAAUGGUGUUCAAUAUAUGAAAAAAAUGUAUUCCAAAGAGAAGGAAUUAGAACGGUUGAUUAAGAAACGUGAUGAAGAAGGUGGAUGUAACGAGUUUGAGUUGUUACGGAUUAAAGAGUUGAAUGGGAAAUUAAGGACAAGAGAUGUUUUGAAAUUGAAAGAAUAUAGAAGGCUACAAGAGGAAGAAAAUGUGAGUAAUUUGGAUGGGAUUGUGUUGGAUAAUAAUGAUGAAAAUAAAUUAAAUGAAAUGAUUCUACCAGCUCGUGAUACUACUGAAUUUUAUGAACAUAAAGCUGAAGAAUAUGAUAAAAGUAUAUCAUUUGAAGAAAGGAUGAUUGGUAUGGGUAAGAGACGGAAAUGGUUAAUGAAACAUUGUCAUGGAGAUGUUUUAGAAGUCUCCAGUGGGACUGGUAGGAACAUCAAGUAUAUAAACCCUGAAAAGAUUAGUUCAAUAACCUUCUUGGACUCAUCUGAGAAAAUGAUGGAAAUCACUGUUGAAAAAUUUAAAAAAAGAUUUCCUUGGUAUAAAAAAGUUGCCUUUGUUGUAGGAAAAGCUGAGAAUCUAUUGAAUCUAGCGGGGCAAAAGAUGAUUGACGAUGAUAUCAAAAAAGUGAACGACAUACAACCGGAACAACCAGAUGUGAAAGUAAAAUAUGAUACAAUUAUUGAAACGUUUGGAUUAUGUUCUCAUGAAGAUCCAGUGAAGGCAUUGAAUAACUUUUCCAAGUUAUUAAAACCAGGUGGUAGGGUCAUAUUAUUAGAACAUGGAAGAGGAGAAUAUGAUUUUAUUAAUAAGAUACUGGACAAGAGAUCUGAAAAAAGGUUAAAGACCUGGGGUUGUAGAUGGAAUUUGGAUCUUGGUGAAAUAUUAGAUGAUUCUGAGCUAGAAAUUGUGGAAGAGAAAAGAUCACAUUUGGGUACUACAUGGUGUAUCGUUGCUAAGCACAAGGGUGACUCUAAGAAGAAGGAAGAGAUUGGAUUUCUUGAGAAAUAUUUCUCUUCAGCGGUCAAGAACAAAAUUGAAGCUGCUUCUACUUCUGUACCUGUAAAUGAUAAAAACUAA